AUUUAGCAACCCUCUCAAAACUUUUUAUUUUUAUUUUUUUUGAGAGAGAGAGAGAGAGAGAGAUGGAGUACAAUGAAAAUGGCUUUUUGGAGGAGUUACUAGCUCUAAGAAAUGACUCUUGGGAACCAACCAUUCCCAAAGGAACAAUGGGUGAGUUCUCCAACAAUGUCUGGAGUUCUGAUUGUUUCAAUGAAACCCUAGUUUCCAAUCCUCCAAAUUCUUCCUUUCACCAAGACUUCUCUUUGCCACUUGAUCAAACCCUAAACUAUUCACUCUCCGAGUUCUACUGCCCAAUUCGAGACGAAUUUUCAUCCAACACAAAGCUUGACACCCCACCACCAUCAUUCCCUACUCAAGAGGACUACUCACUGCCAAUCAUAGGUGAUGAUGAAGAACCAAACCUAAUAGGCAAUGCCUUUCAAAAUUUGGAUUUGGAGACAGUUCAAUCAACCCAAGUGCCAUCUUUCAACAUGGGUUUGGGCAUGCAGGAGAGAAAGAACAAAGUCAAGAAAGUGGAUGGACAGCCAUCAAAGAAUCUAAUGGCUGAGAGGCGGCGAAGAAAGCGGUUAAAUGACCGGCUUUCGAUGCUCAGAUCAGUUGUUCCUAAGAUCAGCAAGAUGGAUAGGACAUCUAUACUUGGAGACACUAUAGAUUACAUGAAAGAGCUCCUAGAGAGAAUCAACAAUUUGCAAGAGGAAAUUGAAGUGGGUAAUUCAAAUCAGUUGGACUUAGUGAGCAUUUUCAAGGAUGCAAAGCCUAAUGAAGUCAUGGUCAGAAAUUCACCCAAGUUUGAUGUGGAGAGGAGAAAUAUCGAUACCCGGGUUGAGAUCUGUUGCGGGGGGAAGCCGGGCUUGUUGCUAUCAACUGUGACUACUUUAGAAGCAUUAGGCCUUGAGAUUCAACAGUGUGUUAUUAGCUGCUUCAAUGAUUUUGCAAUGCAAGCUUCUUGCUCAGAGGGAUUGGAGCAGAGAGCAAUUAUAGCUUCAGAAGAGAUAAAGCAGGCACUGUUUAGAAAUGCAGGAUAUGGAGGAAGGUGUUUGUAGAGUUGAAAUUUGAGAGGAAAAUAUGGGAAAUCUAGUGGUGGAUCCACAUGGAUAUCUGUAUUUUUUUUUUUUUUUUUUUUUUUUGAGAGGGGUUGUGGUGUUUUUAUUUUCUAAUAAAUUCUAAAAUACGUGGUCUCUUUUUUAUCAAAACCUUUCAAGAAUUGUUUUAUGUAAUGUCAGAAUGAAGUGCACAUGUUUACUAGUGCAGGGUUUCUUUGUUCCUCCACAUGCGUCCACAAA